AUGUCUGACUCUGCUCACCAGAACCAUGUGAUCAGCGGCUACAAGGCCACCCUCAACAACCCCAACGUCUCCGACGAGGCCAAAUCUCGCGCCAGCGAGGGCAUCGAGAACUUCCAAGAGAAUGGUUCUUCCGCCAUCGAGCAGUCCGACAAGAACAAUGGCAACGCAGACCACCAUGAGAACCAGGUCCUUGGUGGGCACAAAGCGUGA